AUGUCAGUGAUGGCAGUGAAGAGUGUGAACGAAGACAUCAGUGAUAUGUUGCUAGAGUUGGGGAAACACGAGCUGAAUGUCAAUCAAAACCGAUUCAAGUAUCAGAUGUACCGCAAAGCGGCCCAAAGUGUCAAAGAGUAUCCCAAACGCAUCCAAACGAAGACAUCAUUGGGGAAACACGAGCUGAAUGUCAAUCAAAACCGAUUCAAGUAUCAGAUGUACCGCAAAGCGGCCCAAAGUGUCAAAGAGUAUCCCAAACGCAUCCAAUCGGCCAAAGAGGCCAAAGGGUUGGCCGGAGUCGGCGAUAAGAUUGCCGUUAAGAUCGUGGACUUCGUCACCAACGGAUCCAACAGACAGUUGGAUAGAGUGAGACAAUCGGACAAAAGCCAAUCAAUCAAUGAAUUGCUGCGAGUGUCAGGAAUUGGUCCCAAGAUUGCGGCCAAACUGUGCGCCGAUGGCAUCGACACCAUCGAGAAGCUCAAGACAGUGGCCCACACUUUGACAGACCACCAGAAGAUUGGUCUCAAAUAUGUGGACGAAUUCGAGCAAAAGAUACCCCGAAAUGAGAUCCAAAAGAUUGAGACAAUUCUUGUAGACAUAGCCCAUGAGUUCAAUGCAAACCUUUUGCUAACCAUUUGCGGGUCAUAUAGAAGGGGAGCGCAAGAGAGCGGAGACAUCGAUGUCCUCAUCACUCACCAGAAGAUGACAUCCGAACAAAUGCUUUACAAAACCAAUACUUAUCUCAAAGAUCUGGUCCGACGUAUGGAAAAGCGGGCACUCAUUACCCAUAGGCUAUCAUUGGGUGACACGAAGUUUAUGGGUGUCUGUCGACUAUCACCGGAUUGUGUGCACCGGCGACUCGACAUCCGAUUCUUGCCG